AUGAGGAAGGAGAAGACUGGGGAAGAAGCAAAGGUGACCAAGAAGGUCAAGAAGCAAAAGGAGAGCGAUGAGGGACCGGCGGAAAAGAAGGUUAAAAAGAUCAAGGCGGGUGAGGAACUUCCUCUGAAGAAAAAGAAAGUCAAAAAAAGUGAGACGAUAGGAGAGGAUGGUGUCAAGAAGGUCAAGAAGAUCAAGACAGAGGAGGAGCGUGCAAAAGCCAAAGAGGCCAAGGCCAAGGUCAAGGUCGAGAAGACUGAAGCUAAGGGCACUCCGAAGAAGAAGAAGGCCAAGAGGGACAAGACAGCGGAAGGAAGUACCGUUAAAGGGAAAGAUGGAGAAAAAAAACAACGGGCCAAGCCGGUCAAGAAACCCGUAGCUCCUGUGGAACCGCCCACAUUUGAGAACGUUGCCACUCGUCUGGGUCGAGAAGAAGCAGAACAGCGCAUUCAAUUACGCGAAUUUGUCGUGCGCUUCCGAACCAUCUUGGGAGUUCCUGAGAGAUGGCUGGGCCCGUUGGACGAUUUCGAUCGGUCGGUAACGGAAGCAGGCGUCCGAGCAAUCGCUGGCGGUAUGCUUGACUUGAUCAAAGAUGAGUAUGAGAUGUCAGGGAUCGACAGCGAACGGAAGACCCUCGAUGUUCUGAUUCGCCUUCGAGAAGAGUUGCGCUACUACGCCGACUUGGCUCGGUUCUCUUCCGUCAUCACUUCCCUCACCCUCCCUUUGGGGCUCCGCCUGCCUCCGGCUCCAGAAGACCGUCGAUCGAUGCAUGUCUCAGCUGUGCGACAACUGCUGAAUCUAGAGAAGGACGAGAGUCCCCCUUCGUGGUCUGACGUCGGACCCUCACGACGUGUUGGAACGUCAAGGAUCCCUCAACCCACUGAAGUCGUCCGGAUGCUCAUUGCGCUGAGUGAGCGAUGCUUGCAAACUCCGAUACUCAGAGCGAAUGUGGAACAGUUUUCCAAAGAGAACGAGGACCGACGGAAACAUGCCAGCUUGAUGAAGAAGGAGAUGAUUAAUUGGGAGACAACGAAAAGAAAGUUGACGGAGGCUCGGGUGAGAUGCCAAACGGCCGCCGAGACCAAGGCGAACAAGGAGGAAUUCCUGAAAUCUCAGCACGAACACGAUAUGCGAGUAGCUUUAUACGAUGUCAACCUGCGUUCGGCUUUAUCCCACAGAGCAUCACGAUUCGAACCGCUCGGGGUCGAUCUGGACGGACGGGUGUAUUAUGUGCUGUCACAACGUCUGGUUGACGAGGAAGGCUCUCGUCCUCCUGUUGGUUGGGCCUCUGGACUGAUGGUGUGGGGCAAGGGCGUUCCAAGUAAAGGUGAAGAGUUGGACGACUCAUUGCCAGCAGACAUGGAACGUUGGAGUUACUUCGGUCGAUCAAACUCUACCACGCAAUUGGUCAAAUGGUUGACAUGGCGAUACAAGAUGAAAUUGGAAUCUAUGCGUCCUGUGAAAGUGAAAACACCGAAUAAAACCCCCAUCAAGUUGACGCCAAGCAAGAAAACCAAAGCUUCCACACUCUCGGCUUCUUCUCUAUCCAGCAUUUCGGAUUCGGGAUCGUUGCCAGAUGGUAAGAUCGAUUCGGAAUCUAGCGUUUCUCUCUCGCCUCCACCGAUAGAUCAUGUAGAAGAGUUGAGAACGCUUUACCGCGCAGAGGGGUAUUCGCCCGAUAUGAAGACUGUGGAGGAAGAAGGAAAGGAGUUGUUGGGAAGAUUAGGAGAGGUUGUCAAGUGGCUUGAGGUGUUGGAGCAUUAUGGAAUGGGGGAGAAGUGA